CCGAGCUCUCUUCCCAGCACAGCUUCUCUCUCAAAAAUAGGUGCGAUUCUUCCCCACCUAUCAGAAUUUCAUUUCCCAUGAUUCAUUUUCUCUGCAAAACUGUUAUCCACGGCAGGCGCACCGUCGCCAAUUCGUCAUGCGUUCUUCACAUUACCCCAUUACUGUUUUCUUCCAGAUUCAUCUCAACCAGUUCAAACGAGCAAUCUUUUACAUCCUCUUAUCUCGUUAAAAAUCUUGGGUUCUCUCCAGAAUCCGCUUUAUCAGCCUCUAAGCAUGUGCAAUUUGAGACCCCAGAUAAGCCAGACUCCGUGGUUGCCUUUUUCCAGAGCCAAGGGUUCUCACAAACCCAGAUUAUGAAGCUCAUCGAGAAGCAACCACUAGUGCUUGUAAGUGAUAUAGAGAAAACCCUUUUGCCCAAGCUCGAAUUUUUUCAAUCUAAAGGUGUUUCAAGGCCCGAGAUUGCUAAAAUCGUGUCUGGUUACCCUUUUGUUUUAAAGAGGAGUCUAGAGGAAAACAUAAUUCCUAAUUUUGAUUUCUGUAGUAAUCUGCUUGAAUCUGAUGAGAAGGCCAUUGACUGUAUGAAACGUGAUGUGGGUGUUCUUACAAUUGAUCUUGAUGUUUAUAUAUUGCCUAACAUCAACCUUCUCAAGGAGAUUGGGGUGCCUGAUUCAAACAUAAAGGCAGUUUUUCAUCAGCAUCCAAGAACACUUGUAAUGACUCCGGAUAGGUUUAAGGAGGCUGUUGAGAAAGUAAAGAACUUGGGGUUUGAUCCUUUGAAAUUGAACUUUGUUCAGGCAUUGUCCGGGUUGAGGGGAUUGAGCACAUCCACAUGGGAGAGGAAGAUUGACGUUUAUAAGAAGUAUGGUUGGUCCGAGGAAGACACUUUGCAAGCUUUUCAAAGGCAUCCCUGGUGUAUGACAGCAUCUGAGAAUAAGAUCAUAGGAAUAAUGGAUUUUCUAGUGAACAUCAUGGGUAUCAAUUCUGCUGCCAUUGCCAGACGCCCGAGCAUUCUUACACUGAGCUUGGAGAAGAGGAUUAUUCCAAGGGGUUUGUUCAUGCAAGUUUUGUUGUCAAAAAGUUUGAUUAAGGAUUUCAGGUUGUCUGCAUUCGAGGCUUCAGAGAAGAAAUUUCUUAACAGGUAUGUGAACACUUUUGAAGAAAAUGCUGCUGAGCUCUUGAAGAUAUAUCAAGAAAAAUUGGAUUUUUCUUCAAGCUGAAAGUGCAUGGAGUUUCAUUUGAUGAUGCGCCUUUUAAGCUGUAUUUCUUGAAUUGUAUACGACGGAGUGUUCUUCUUUUCUCUUUCCUGGUAGAUUGUCUUCAAUUCAAAGUUGCAGGACUAUAACUUUGUCUUCCAUUCACACUGAUCUACUCUUUCUUGAUGUAACUUCUGCAAUUUCGGUUUACCUGCUUAGCUUAUGCGGUCAUGCUUCUCUUCCCUGUAGACGAAUUUCUCUGUUUUUCUUUUGUUACAUGAGAAAUUAAAAGGUUACCAUGAUG